AUGAUGAAUGAUAUUGACUUUCGAGGAGUAAAAUAUCUGGCUGAUUCGUUACAGAAUAAUACAACACUUACAACACUACAUCUUGGUGGUAAUACAAUAGGUUUUGAAGGAGCUCGAGUUUUAGCUAACGUAUUACAAAAUCAUACAACACUUACAGAAUUGAUGCUUGAAGUCGGUGACAUUGGUAAUCGAGGGACACAAUAUUUAGCUAAUGCAUUAGAAAAUAACAAUGUAAGAUCAUUUCAUGAAUAA